UGUACACCACCGGGUGAAGUGCUCAAUGAGCCCAUGUUGAUAUUACGCUAUUGACUUGUUACAUCUCGAGGAGUCUCAGACCUCAAGAGCGGAUAACUCGAUCUGAUGCACGUAUUCUCAAUCCACCGCAACAAUGAGGGCUUUAUGGUACGAUGUCUUCAAGCAAGGCAAGACUUUGGCCGACGCGCCUCCAGAUGUGCUCGCACAAGAAAGCAACAUGGCCUGGAGUACCAAUGUGUCAGGCAAAAACACUCGUUUCUUCAAUAUUAUCACCGAGAAAGACGACGUAAUUGCAGGCGCAGUGGUGCACUUUACCGACAUCAAAUCCUACGAUGAUUUGCUCGAGUUGACUGGCUCUAUUCCGUGGAUGGAAGCCGACUUUGCAGUUGGAAGACCAUUUCUCUAUCAGAAUUUCGUCUCGGUCGAAAAGCUCUUCCAUCAAAAUGGGAAAUAUCUUGGUGUCGAGCCCAUAAAACGGAUUCAACCCUUCACCACAAGUCCCACCGUCACCUGGUAUGUAAUCCUUACUGCGAAGACGUCAGAAGGCUUUGACGAGGGGCAUGGGGUUGAAAACGCCCUUCAGGCUUUUCGAAUGCUGAAAGGUGGUAUUGCGGAAGAGGUUUUUGACCUGCUGCCGCCGGAUGAUGGAUUGAUACUGCGUAUCAAAGCCAAUGACCGGGCUGAAGUGGAAGAGUAUCUCCACAAUUUCCUGUCUGUCAGACACGGCGCUGUAGACGUCCUUGUGCUGAAGACCAAGUCUACAUGUGUUUGGGAUUUCGCGUUCUUCUGAAAGCCAACAGAAGUAGCGCGGAGAAAGGAUUUCAUGGUCACUGCUCAAAAGUAUUUGGUGUUGGAACCAUAGUCUUCAUCUGAACUAGCAUAAUGUUCCGCCGCCAGCUACUGGCACAUAAAGGCCAUUUAACCAUCCUGCAC